AUGUCAAUGCUAAAUUUCCUUCAUCGUCCAUUAAAAAUUUUGAUUGAUCCAAGACUAUUUAUCUGUCGUUAUCAAUCACAAAGACUAUUAGAUUUAUUAAAUAAAAAAGCUGCAAUUGAAGUUGAACAUAAUGAUGAAUUAGAAAAAUUGCCAUUACAAAAUACAAUUGAAUGGAAUAAAAAAAUCAAAUUCUAUCGUAUGCGUAAUGAAGAAAAAAAUGCAUUAAAAUUAUUUGAAAUCGGUAUACGAAAAUAUGAAUUUCAACCGGAUUAUAUUACAUAUAUUAGUAUACUUGAAAUAUGUAAAGAUAUUAAAGAUAUUGAUAGUGGACAUUAUAUACAUCGACUUAUUAAUAAAUCAUCUGUACGAGACAAUAGUCGUAUACAAAGUCUUCUAAUGGAAGUGUAUAUGAAAUGUGGUGAUGUGGAUAGUGCUCGAGACAUGUUUGAUUUAUUAAAACAUCGAACAGUUGUGGAAUACAAUGCACUAAUGACAGCUUAUAAUACUCAUCAAUAUCCUCAACGUACGAUAGAUCUUUUCUAUGAAAUGCGUGAAAAAGAUAAAAUCAAACCAAAUAAUACAUCUUCUAUGUUAUUUUUUCAAGCAUGUGUUAAACUCCAAUUAUUUGAACAAGGCAAAGCAUUACAUGAAGAACUUAAACAAAAAACAUCAGCUUAUCUGAAAAAUAAGGAAUUAUCAAAUCAAAUCAUAGCUAUGUAUAUUGCAUCAGGUGAUUAUACAAUAGCUGAAGAAUAUUUUAAUCAAAUUAAAGAACCAAAUGUAUCGAACUAUGUUGCACUUAUGAAUUAUUAUAAUAAAUUAAAAAAUUGGGAACGUACUAUACAAUUAUAUGAUCAAAUGAAAAUGCAACGUAAAAUUCAAUCAGAUAUAGCAACAUAUUUAGCUGUUUUAACAGCUAUUAAAGAAAUGAAUAAUAUUGAUAAAGCCAAACAAGUUAAAGAAGAUAUAUUAAAACAAAAUCUCUGGCAAAAUCAUGUUGAAAUACAAAAAUUAUUAGAAGAAAUUUUAAAGAUAUCUGAUAAAUAG